AUGGAUACGGGUCCAAAAUUGAGAAGAAGGGCAAAUCCGCGGUAUACAGCCAACUUAUUCUCCAUUCUCACAUUUGGAUGGACAUUGGAAACAUUCAAACUAGGCUACAGUCGAGAUAUAACAGAUGGCGAUCUUUACGCACCUUUGCCAGAACAUCGCUCAGAUAUCCUAGGUGAUGCAGUACAAAAAGCGUGGGAUGAAGAAAUGAAGAUAGCGCAGCGUUCUCGAGAACGGGGCGGAAAUUAUAAGCCCAGCUUAUGGCAAGUUCUUUUCAAGGUAUUCGGCACGGAGCUUAUGUUGUAUGGCCUUAUUCUUGCGGCCAUGGAGUUCUUAAUCAGAGCAAACAGUACAUAUAUAAACCGCCUGUUCUCCUACUACGACAUGGCCGGAGACGUGUCUUGGGGAGAAGCUAUUUUCUUUGCGUUCGGUAUAAUCUUCUGCAGCAGCGUCAACGUCAUGGUACAGCACCCUUUUAUGAUGGCCGUCAUGCACAUGGGGAUGAAGAUGAGGGUUGGAAUGUGCAGUCUUAUUUACAGAAAGUCUCUAAAAGUCAAUAUACAAGCAUUGUCUGAGAGCAGCGCUGGUUUAGUUGUAAAUUUGAUGGCAAACGACGUCAACCGUUUCGACACAGGACCUUUAUUUGCACACUAUCUUUGGAUAGGACCGCUAGAGACAGUGCUAUUAACUGUUUACGUUUACCGGGAAAUGGGAAUGCCAGCCGUUUAUGGAUCACUGAUCAUCAUUGCUGUUAUACCGUUUCAGAUAUUUUUGGGGUUAAACACUGCUUACUUCAGAAGAAAGACCGCGGAGAAGACCGAUGAACGUGUCAGAUUAAUGAAAGAAAUUAUAAUGGGAAUGGAAGUUAUAAAGAUGUAUACUUGGGAGAAACCGUUCAGGAAACUUAUUGACUUGGUUCGACGGCAAGAAAUAUUCUUCAUAAAGAUGACGUCAUACAUUCGCGGCAUUAUAAUGUCUUUCAUCAUGUUCACGUCGCGUUUCGGUAUCUUCAUUACUGUGCUACUCUAUGUGAAGUACGUGAAUCGAAUAACCGUCGAAAAUGUAUUUUUCCUAACAUGCUUCUAUAAUAUAACGAAGCAAACCAUGACGUUAUAUUUUCCUCAGGCGGUUGGCCAAAUAGCAGAAAUGAACGUUGCUGUGCAGAGAAUUCGCGACUAUUUAUUAAGUGAAGAAUGUGAUCUGCCUCUUAGAGAGCAGCCACAAUCUGAUGAAGUUAGAAGUAGCAAAAAGAAACGAGUGACUAUUUUAGAACCGUUGAGUUAUCGCCCUUUGAGCUCUUUGUCAUCUCAACCUAGCACAUCCCAAAACGUACCCGCAGAUGACCCACAAGAAAUUCAUGCAGAAGAAAUAAUUAUAAAAUUUGAAGACGCAUCUACGAAAUGGCUACGAUCUUCUGAUAAAGACGAUGUGGCAAAUUUGAACUUAACAAUCUACGGCGGCUGUUUAACUACUGUAAUAGGAUCGGUCGGUUCUGGCAAGUCUACGUUGCUGCACAUGGUGCUCAGUGAACUGCCCUGCUCCAAUGGGCGUCUUCAGGUUAAUGGAAGUGUUAGUUACGCUUGCCAAGACCCGUGGCUCUUUGUAGGAUCUGUCCGACAAAACAUUUUGUUCGGACAAUCUUUUCAAAAAGCCCGUUAUAUGGAAGUGUGUAGGGUAUGUGCUCUUGAGCGAGACAUAUCGCUUUUUCCUCAUGGAGAUAAAACAGUUGUGGGUGAGCGUGGAGUUUCACUCAGCGGUGGCCAACGUGCCAGAAUUAAUCUAGCCAGAGCUGUUUACAAAGAGGCUGAUAUAUAUUUACUUGACGAUCCUCUAUCUGCUGUGGACACUGAAGUAGCAAAACACAUCUUCGAUAGAUGUAUAAAGAAGUAUUUGGCGAAGAAGACAGUUGUAUUGGUAACCCACCAGUUGCAGUUCAUCAAGAUGGUAGACCAAGUUGUUAUUAUGGAUAAAGGGAAAAUAGUGGAUGUUGGAGCCUUCGAUGAAUUAGACAAAAAAUGUUUAAAAAUAAUACAACUAAUGAAUGAGAAACCACGAGAAAUGCACAAGGACGAUACCCUGACGAGUAUGCAAAGUAUAUCAACGGUGCUCCAGCCUAGUGCGAUGAGCCUUCAUCGACGUCAUUGGUCAAUUAUGAUGGAUUUAAGUUCUGCCGAUCAAAAGCUGGAAGCAGAAUUCCAAACCGUUGGUCGAGUAGGCGGAUCAGUGUACCGUGAUUAUUUUCUGGCGAAUGCGCCCUGCCUGCAAGCCGUUUUUGUGUUCUUCAUGUUUCUAUUAGCUCAGUUUUGUGCUAGUGCCUGCGAUUAUUGGAUCAGCAGAUGCCCUGUCUUCGGUCACGUGAACGCCUCAAUUUUAGGUCUGGCAACAAUUCGUUCUUUCGGCGCGGAGUUCCUUUUAGCCCAAGAGUUCGACCGCCAUCAGGAUCUGCACAGUGCCGCGUGGUACCUCUUCAUAACUUGCAGUAGAGCUUUCGGCUACUUCCUCGACCUUAUUUGUUUACUUUUCAUCAUAUGCGUGACGUUUAGCUGUUUAAUGAAGACUGAUAUGGAUGCUAGUAGCGUAGGCCUAGCAAUUACCCAAUCGAUAUCUCUGACCGGAAUCUUUCAAUGGGGUAUGCGCCAGUCAGCUGAAAUGGAGAACCAAAUGACCAGUGUUGAAAGAAUUCUCGAAUACACCAAAUUGCCACAUGAACCUGCUUUGUAUAGCGAACCUAACAAAAAACCUCCUUCCGAUUGGCCUAAAGAAGGUGCGAUUGAGUUCAAGGAUUUGACUUUAAGAUAUACUCCAGAUGGAAAUUACGUAUUACACAAAUUGCAGUUUAGUAUACAACCUCGAGAAAAGAUUGGUAUUGUGGGCAGAACAGGAGCGGGUAAAUCAUCCAUAAUACAAGCACUAUUUAGAUUGGCUUAUCUAGAGGGUGCAAUCACCAUUGACGGAGUAGAUAUCACUAGCAUCGGCCUACACGAUUUGAGACAAAAGUUAUCAAUUAUACCACAGGAGCCUGUUUUGUUUAGUGGGACCAUUAGAAAGAAUUUAGAUCCAUUUGAUCAAUAUUCAGACGAUUUAUUGUUAAAUGCUUUAUAUAACGUGGAGCUUCAAACUGAUGAGGUCGGAGUAGCUGCCCUAUACAAAGAAGUGCAAGAAGGCGGGUCUAACUUCAGCGUCGGUGAGCGGCAGUUGGUCUGCCUGGCCCGAGCGAUAGUGCACAACGACAAGAUCCUUGUGCUGGACGAAGCUACGGCCAACGUGGAUGCGCAAACUGACGCUCUCAUACAGACCGCCAUCAGGCAACACUUCAACUCUUGUACCGUGCUUACAGUAGCGCAUAGGCUCAAUACUAUCAUCGACUCCGAUAAGAUACUAGUCCUCGACGCUGGCCGCCUCAUGGAGUUCGACCAUCCGCACAUACUGCUGCAAAAUAAAAAAGGAUACUUUCGCAAGAUGGUGGCCGAAACUGGCCCAACUAUGUCUAAUUUGUUGCAAAAACAAGCUGCUGAGCAAAAUGAAAUUAUUCUUUUAGGUAAAAAAUUAAGAGAUAAUGAACACAAGAAUUUAAAUAAAAUUUUAACCUGUUAA